GUCAAUUGCAAAUACUUGAGAGCAGUUAGCAGAGGGACACUUUAAUACACAACAGUCAUAGUGUUAUUUUUGUUGUGCUCCCAAGUAUUAGUAUUCCACUUAUUUCCAGUGUAUUUUCGUUAAUUAAACUGACGGACUUAUAUACAAAUUAAGGACAAGUUCAGCAUCACAUUCUCAACGUAGUUCGAAGAGUUCUAAUAGUGUCGUUUUCGAGUUCUCGUGAUUAUUGGUGGUUUUAUCUCAGGUAUUUACGUUAAAAAAUGUUCGAUACGUGCAAAACCCUGUAGGAUUACUCGUACAAGUGAGAUAUUUGGUGUGUAAAAGUGCUUUUCGAAGGAUUAUGCUCUGAUGGAAUACCUUUGGUGUUGGAGUUGCAUUGACCCGUUCGAGAACGUACAGGUGGUGAAUUUUUGGGAUAGUUCAAAUUGUUUAUAAUGUCGGGCAGGGGUGGUCUGAUGAAUAACGAUCAGGAGCACAAAUCGCCGAGGGAGAGUGGCGAGGAUUCUGAGGACGAGAGCGAAAUUUUAGAAGAAAGUCCUUGUGGAAGAUGGUUGAAACGGCGAGAAGAGGUUGAGCAGAGAGAUGUCCCGGGCAUCGAUUGCGCCUACUUAGCGAUGGAUACCGAAGAGGGCGUCGAGGUCGUUUGGAACGAGGUCCAAUUUUCGGAGAGGAAGAAUUUCAAGAGCCAAGAGGAGAAGAUCCAGUUGAUUUUCGAAAAUCUCACCCAAUUGGAACAUCCGAACAUCGUUAAAUUUCACAGAUAUUGGACUGAUACGCAUAACGAUAAGCCUCGGGUGAUAUUCAUCACGGAAUACAUGUCGUCCGGUUCACUCAAGCAAUUCCUGAAGAGGACCAAACGAAACGUCAAGAAACUGCCACUUCAAGCGUGGAGGAGAUGGUGCACGCAAAUCCUCUCAGCUUUGAGUUACUUACAUUCCUGUUCACCGCCCAUCGUCCACGGAAACCUUACCUGCGACACAAUUUUUAUUCAGCAUAAUGGUCUCGUCAAGAUAGGAUCAGUUGCUCCUGAUUCGAUAAACCAUCAUGUUAAAACGUGCCAGGACGAUUUCAAAAAUAUGCAUUUCAUUGCUCCCGAACAUCCCACACAAAUGGGUCCGCCCGUCGACAUAUACUCCUUCGGCAUGUGCGCCUUGGAAAUGGCGGCCUUAGAGAUCAUCGGCAACGGAGAUUCCGGCAACAAGGUCACCGAGGAGAACGUCAAGAAGACGAUCGAUUCGCUCGAAGAUCAACACCAGAAGGACUUCAUCUUGAAGUGUUUGUCCCCGAAGCCGGAGGAUCGGCCUACGUCCAAGGAGCUGUUGUUCCAUCCGCUGUUGUUCGAGGUGCACAGCUUGAAGCUGCUGGCGGCGCAUUGUUUGGUUAGGAAAUCCGCUAAUAUUUCUGAAACGAUAACCGACGAACUGAUGCAGAGGUGGUACGGCCCGGAUGUCAUCGUAGCCGAAAUGAAGCGGUGGAGCGGAGAAUGCGUCCAAAUGAAGAUGGCCAAUGUACCGGUAACGGAGAAAUUGGAAAAAUUCGUCGAAGAUGUCAAGAACGGCAUAUACCCGUUGACGGCGUUCGGUGCCAAGCAACCCCCUCCGGCCCGGUCGAGAGCCAUCUCGCCGGAAAUGGCGGAAUCCGUCAAGUCCGUUACACCGGAACCCACUGACGUAGAAACUAGGAAAAUUGUUAAUAUGAUGUGUGAUGUUAAAUCCAAAGAAGAAAGCUGUGAUCUUUUGUUGACUAUUGUACUACGUAUGGAUGAUAAAAUGAAUAGACAGCUAACAAGUUGUAUAUCGCCUGGGGACAAUCCAAGGUUAUUAGCACAGGAAUUAGUACACUACGGUUUUAUAAAUGAAGUAGACCGCGACAAGAUAGCCAAUCUGAUCGAGGAAUCGUUGCAGCACACGAGCUCGACGUCGGGCAACAGCAGUCCCUCGCACGCCUUCCCCGCCCUAACGACCAUACCCAUUCUGACGUCGAUAGCGACGCAACCGGUGCCCGUGCUGGCGACGCACGCGCUCACCAACUCGACGGCGACCCAAGUGCCCAUGCACUCUACUAGUUAGUAAACUGCCCGUUUCGUUCUUCGAGUAGUCACGCCAAGUCGCCGAGAGCGCCGAAUGGAAAAGCUCAAUCGAGAAAUGAGAUGAGGAAAAAGAGAUGCGGGGGUGGAUUGCCCUCCCUCCUGCGGAAGUGUUUCGGGGGGGGAGAUGCAGCCCCGUCGCUGCCGUUAAUUCGAGAAGACUGUGACGUCGGACGUCUCGCUAGUCAAGUGACCAUGUGUUUUUUCAAAUCUGUGAUCGAGCCCAAUUUAUACGACGUUUGACAUUUAAAAAAAUAGGAUAGGUAUGAAAUGGAUGGAAGUAGCAUGUGUGUGUGUGUGUGUGUGUGUGUGAGCGAGAGAGAGAGAAAGAACGAGAGAAAGAUAAGGUUUUGUUGUUUUGGAAAAUCGGGCAUCGGACUGUUAUUAUUAUUUUUUUAAUUUUAGUCAUAGUUUUUUUUUCUCAAGAUGUGAUCUGUUUCAUCGAGAAAGAAGGUAGAUAGUUUUUUUAUUUCGUUAAAUAGAGUGCUGUACCUAUAGGAGGUCGCUUGUUUCAAUUCAAAUUAAAAAACACGUUUUUUUUUAUCAAAUUUAUAUUCUAUAUAAUUUUCUUGUUCUGCUUUCUCAGACCUUUCGUUUGAGGUGUCACAUGCCCAUAUUUAAAUUUAACACGGUUUUUAAAACAAAAUGGCGGCUGGUUAGACAUACUAUAGAGUUUUAAAUAUCUCAUAGAAGAUAACCACAUAAUUUUGAGUAAAAAUCGGUAUUUUUAAAAUGUCUUAUUUUCGUUAUUAACAUAUAUUUCGGGUGAUUUUCUAUAAUAAUAAUUGUGAAUGAAUAUAUAAAAAAUAAUAUCAAACAAAACAUUGAUCUAAAUUUUGUCUUUUUAUAAAAAUUUUUAAAAUAUUUCAAACUUUUCCAUUCUUUAUUACUAGUGAGUCAUGUCGCAUUGGUAAAAAACCACUUUACAAUAGAAAAAUAAACAAAAUUGCGAUUGACAGCCAUUUUGUUUUUGACUAAAAAAUUCAUUAUUUUCUUCUUUAACCUAAAGAUAUCUUUCGUUUGAGGUGUUACAUGCCCCUAUUUCAAUUUAAAAUGAUUUUAAAACAAAAUGGCGAUUGGUAGCCAUCUUGAUUUGUAUAUAGUUAUUGUUUUAUUCUCUGGCUUGGAAAUACCUGUCGUUUGAGGUGUAACAAGCAUAUAUUUUAAUCUGAAACGACUGAAACAAAAUGGCCCAUGGUAGCCAUCUUGAUUUGGACUAAAAUUUCGCCAUUUUCUUCUCCAGCUUUGAAAUACUUAUCGUUUGAGGUAUGGCAGGUAUAUAUUUCAAUUUGAAUCGAAUUUUAAACGAAUCAAAAUGUCACAUGGCAGCCAUUUUGAAUCGGGUUAAAUUUUUAUUAUUUUUUUCUCCAGCUUAGAAAUACCUGUCUACAAGACUAUAUUUCAAUUUGAAACAGGUUUUGGACAAAAUGGCGAAUGGUAGCCAUCUUGAUUUGGAUUAAAAUUUCAAUAUUUUCCUCUCCAACUAUGAAAUACCUGUCAUUUGAGGUAUGAAAAGCCUAUAUUUCAAUUUGAAACUAUUUUUAGACAAAACAAAAUGUCACAUGGUAGCUUUCUUGAUUAGGACCAAAAUUUCGAAACUUCCUCCAGCUUUGAAAUACCUUUCGUUAGAGGUAUGACAGGUAUAUAUUUCAAUUUGAAACGAUUUUUAAACAAUGUAAGAUGGUGGCCAUCUUGAUUUGGACUAAAAUUUCGCUAUUUUCUUCAUCAGCUUUAAAAUACAUAUCUUUUGAGGUAUGACAAGCCUAUAUUUCAUAUUGAAACGAAAUAUAACAAAAUAGCACAUGGUAGCCAUCUUGCUUUGGACUAAAAUUUCGCUAUUUUCUUCACUAGCUUUAAAAUACCUAUCGUUUGAGGUAUGACAAGCCUAUAUUUCAUAUUGAAACGACUUCUAAACAAAAUGGCACAUGGUAGCCAUCUUGAUUUGGACUAAAUUUCGAAAAUUUCUUCUCCAGCUUUAAAAUACCUAUCGUUUGAGGUAUGACAAGCCUAUAUUUCAAGUUAAAAUUGUUUUUAAACAAAAUGGCACACGGUAGCCAUCUUGAUUUGGGCCAUUUAACUUUCGAUUUCUUUAUUCUUCAAAUAAAAAAAAUCUGCUUGGUAACUUGUCAAGUUGCCAACUAUUUGUUUUAAAGUUAUUUUUAAAUGAAGUUUUGGUAGCCAUAUUGAUUUACUCUUAUUUCUAUUUAAUAUCAAAUGCCUAUUGGUAAUUGUGACGACCCAUUAAAGAUUUCAAUCGUAAAGCUAUAUCUCGUUUAUUAAAGAAAAAUAAUUCCCACUUAUAGUUAUUUAAACAGUGUAACUAGUCGCCAUUUUGCUUUGAACUGUUUAUAGCUUUCUUUAAAACAAAGUGUCCCAUUUUUAACGGAUUUUGGUCUGAAGCAGAAACAAGCCUAUGACAUCACAACUUUUUAAACAUCAAAAUUACGUCGAUAAUUUUAUUGUAUAUAUACACAUAUAUUUUUAAUUUGAAGCCGAUACAGCGUCCCCUAUAUUUUAAGCUUCCGUUUUUUUAUUGUAACUAUCCAAAUACUCGUUGCAAAUGUAUUAAUUAUGAUUUGCCCCUUGAGACUGAUAUAUAAUGUUAAAAAAUGGAAACAAAAUUUAGAUAGAAGUUAAGUCAUAAACGUACUGUAAAGCAGAAGAGUGAUACACAUGCCAUUUCGGCAAUUUACAGAGUCAUAUUUACCUGCGAUUUUACACAAUCCAAUAAAUUUACACAUUCGUUUUAAGUAACUAUUUUAAUUUUUAACUAAGUAAAAUUACACAGAACUUGUCAGAUAUGUAAAACUCACAAACUAACUCAUAAAAAUUCCAAAAACAAUUAAAAUUUUAACUAAUUUAAUAGUUAAAUACAUUUAAUUAUAAAAUCACGCACAAUCUUAACUAAUUUGCAAUAUUGCAACCUACUCUCAGCAAAUCUGCUACAAAUCUAUAUUAAAUAGCUUGUGACUUCUAACGUGUAAUCUAUUUAAAGUUAUACGUUUUGUAAGUAUUUAGACGCGCCGCGAGAAAUUUUACACACAUCUCGUUGCGCAAAAUCACGAGAUAGCUGUGUAAAAUUAGAAAAUAAUACAAAGCUGUCUGAAAAAACUAAAAUACCGAAUUAGCUAAUGUAAAUUCGCGAAAUAAUUUUACAAUUAGCCUAACUAAUCUUUUUAACUAAGUAAAAGUAAACAUAAUUUAACUAAUCAAAAUUGCAAAUUAUUCUUGUUCAUUAAAACUGAGUAAAACAAUGCACAUUAUUAACUAAGUAAAAUUACGAAAUCUAACUUGAUUAGAAGUAACCGAGUAAAUAUCAAUUUAACUAAUGUAAAUUAUGUUCGAUUGUGUAAAAUCGUUUGUAAAUCGUGUAAAUUGCCCAUAAAAAUCGAUUUAGUCAAUAUGCCACUUCUUCUUUAUGGAACUUUAUCAGGUCAGGACCAAAAUAUUCUCCUAAAAUGAGGUUGGAUGUGAAUUUUUUCGAGACUUUGCGCUACCUACUAGUGGGGAGGAGGUACUCUAACGUCAGACUGGGGACUAAUUCGAAGAGAUGUUCAAAUUGAUCUUGCUUUUUGCUGAAAAAAAAAAAAAAAAAUACACAAAUGGUAUUUUUCGUGGGUCGUUUUUUUAAAUAAUUCGUUUUUAAUUGGUUUUUCGGUAAAAGUAGUGGUAUAUAAAAUUUGAGGUAAUUAGAUUCUCCGUCGAAGGGUAUAAAGAUGUUCGUUCUCGGAUCAAUUGUUUUUGAGGAAUAACUGUGCAAAAAUAAAAAUAUUCUUAAAUCGUUCAGUGAUAAAUCUUGCAGUUUAUGCAGUACAUUGUUUUGAUUUUAGUUUAAUUCUUUAUCUUUCUUUUGUAAUUCAUAAUGCACGCCGAUUUUUCGACAUUUGCUUAAAAACAAUUAGGAUUAGAACCAAUAUGAUCAGAGCUUUUUAUAGAUAAUUUAAUUGUCUUUCGUUUUGUAUACUAGUAUUUUUAUCGUAAAAUUGAUAAUAAAAGAGUUAUUUCAAAAAAUCCGCUUUCAAACUCCAAAUGCUGUUUUUUCCGAUGUUAAAACAAACAAAAAUCCUUUCCGCCCGGACUAAUGUGGAUCGGAAUUUAUACUUACGAGGGAGAUCGAAAUUGUAGCAAUCCUGCUACGAGGGGACGUCGAGAAAGAUCGUUUUGAAGAUCUUUUCGAAUGUAUACGACUGAACAGGUAGGACUGGUGGAUUUCGAUAGACUUUUUUUCCGGUUAGCCAACGAAAAUGAUUCAAUUCUAUAGGCGCAAUUUUUUUAUAUAGCGAAUUUAAUGAAUUUUUGCCUACCCACGCAUUGACGCGGAAAUAUAGCGGUUCGAAAUUUGAACGAGUUCGAACAAACAAUUGAGAUUUUUACUCGAGAGCAACCUCGACGGAAAUUUACCGGGAAAAUUUGAUGAAAAAUUGCGAAUAGAAUCAAAACGAUAUUUUAAAAAACGUCUGAAUUGAAUGUUUUUUGUUUCGUAUAGGUUUUAUUGCAACGAUAUAUUUUUUUGUUUAAACGUGCAGCUUGUUCAGUCUUUUGUGGCAUCAUUGCAGUAUAUUUUUAUUUUAAAUUGAAUUUGAAUCAGAUUUUCGCUUACAUUUGUUCUGAUAACUAUACAUAGAUAAAAAGCCUCCAAGAGAUAAAUCUUCUUUCUAAUAUUCUCUUUUCCUUGGUAUUUUAUCCCAGUUUUCUUUUCUUUAGAUUUCCAUUUCUUCUAUAACCAUUUUACCUAUCCUGAAAUUAUAAUUUUUGGCGAAGCAGCUACUUGCAAACUUUUUUAAACAUCUUUCAAGUACCCGAUUUACUGUAAACUUACUCAUAUUUUGAAGACCUUGUGUAAGUUUACAAGGUCAGUGACCUGCUCUUUUUGUCCCCCCAUUUUUCUACUACUAAAACUCAAAUAUUACAUUGUUUCCUAAGGAAAAUUGGUGAAAAACAACUUUAUCGUUGGAAACUUUAAAAUUUUCCGAAAUCAUCCCAUCUAGAAAUUUUGAAUAUACAUUUUUUGUUAAUUUUUCAAAGAUUCCUAAAAAAAUAAAAGACCUUCCAAUAUGGAAAUUUUCUCUUCUCCUUUCUGCUGUUCCAUGUCUUUUGGUAUUUUAGUAGUCCGCUGUUUGAUAUUAUCUUCUCUUUUCUCUAGGUCUCAAUUUCUUCCAUAACCAUCGAUCUAUCCUGAAAUUAGGAUUUCUUGCGAAGCAUCUACUUGCAAACCUUUUUCAACUUUAAACUAACACAUCCAUAAAAUACCAUCUUUAAACGCGCUUACUAUAAAUUUACUUAAAUCUUUUAUUUCGCAAGUUUACAGGGUCAAUGACCUGUUCCUUUUGUCCUCCCAUUUUCUUACUACUAUAACCCAAAUAUUGCCUUGUUUAACAAAAAAAUGUAGUGGCUUACUGUAAGUCUCUUCGAACUGGAUCAUUCUCUUCAGUGUUUUUUGCUCUAUCUACUCUUUCAAGUCGAGUUUUUCCCUUCUCAAUUUUUUGUUUUAUUUUCCUGAGAAAUGUGUUUGAGGUAUCGGUAAAAUUGUUCAUCCAACGAAAGAAGAUCUUUCAAAACCCCUAAAUCAGCUGCCAAAAAAAGUAUUCGCUGAAUAAUUUCCCCAAAGAAAAAUUAAAAAAUUUUUCGACCUUCCACUGAGAAAAUUUCAAUCAAAAUUUGAUGGUUGGUGUUUUCGACGGAAAAUUAUUGAAAAACCACUUUAUCGUAGGAAAAUUUAAAAUUUUCUGAACGAAUCUACAGAGAAUUUUGAAAUUUAUUGUUAAUUUUUCAUAAAUUUGAAAUAUUGAAAAGUUUCGCGGUUUUUUUAUUUCUCCUCCCUGUCAUAAAAACCUUUCCAUGUGAUACAUCCGAGGUGUCUCGUAUUUUCUCUUCUUCUUUCUACUGUUCCAUGUCCUCGGUAUUUUAGUCCACUAUUUGUCCGUUACAGAUUUGAUAUGUUUUUUUCUCUAGGUAUCCAUUUAUUCUUAAAUAUUUUAUUAUGUUGACCUUGGUUGACCUGGCGCAAAUUUACGAGGUCAAUGAUCUGCUCCUUUUGUCCCACCAUUUUCCCACUACUAAAACCCAAAUAUUACAUUGUUUACCAAAUUGAUGCAGUGGCUCCCUCUAAGUCUGAACUUUCUGCAUAAAUAUAACGGGAAAAUAAUUUCCCGAAUCCCUAAUUUUGCACUGCCGAGUUAAUAUUAAAAAAUUAAAAUUUGCGGUAAUUUUCCGUCAGGGGUCCACGUUUCUAUUGCGUAAUUAUUAUAAUAGGUGUAAAUAGUCUAAAUAACAAUAGCCUUGUAUGAAAAAAAUUGUAGAUAUUGAAUUUUUUUAUUGAAAACAAAAAAAAAUAUGAAAAUAUGUAGGUAUAAGAAAAUAAGUAUAAUAUUUAUUAUGCAUUGAGUUAAAAGGAAGAACUCUAUCAGUAGAAAUUUUUACGUUUUUUUUUUUCAAAUGAAAAAAAUACGACUUGAGUUACGGCUGGUUCGAAUCUUGGCUAAACGUUGACGUGUGAAGUUAGCUGCGUCGGUAAUACAGGUUUUAUACCUGAUGGCCUCGUAUUGUGUGUUCAACUGAUUGGACCUAUUAUUAUUUUUUAUUAAUUUAUUGAUAUAUUAUGUUUUUAAUUUCAAAACGUUUCAAUUGUUUUUAUAAAUACUUUGCUGGUAAAAUGUUUACGUAAAAAUUUCUACUGUCCAGUUAGAGGUCCCAUGUGAUAUUACGCUCAAAAUUAGUUCGGCUGAAGACUUUCCUAACUCAUAUUGAAUGAUUUAUGAAAUUUAUUUUGUUAGUAAUUUGCCAAAAUUCCCUAUAUAAUAUAUAAAUAGUAGAAGUGUUCGUUUUCUUUGUCCUUAGUUAUUUAGUUUAAGGAGAAAACAAUCGAUACGUCGUUCACGCCGUUUCGCUUUUCAACACAAUGUAUAACAAAAAAAAGCCGUUCUUCCUUAAAUGAUUAAUUAAAUAUUUAAAUAAAAACCAUUGAAAAAACACAACAUGCAGAGUUUGU